AUGCAGCUCUUCCUCUGUGUGGGUGAGGGCUGCACUGACAACAACACCAACCCCUUCCACCACACCCACAUCGCCCUGGCCUUCUUGACCACAUUACUCUUCGCCACACACCUACCAGAGCGCCUGGCCCCCGGCAGCUUCGACUACAUAGGUCACAGCCACCAACUGUUCCACGUGUUCGGCAUAAUCGGCACUCAUUUCCAGAUGGAGGCCAUUGAGCAGGACAUGGUGACGCGACGCCCGUGGCUCCUGACGUACUCUCUGCCCAUCACCUUCACCAACACACUGGGGGCGGCACUGCUGAGCGUCACCCUCAGCCUUGGCAUCAUCUUCCUCUUUAGUCUGCCUCUGCUCUGGUCAGCCACCCGGGGAGAACACACUGAGAAGACACAGUCACAUCCAAUAGCCAAGGGCUGCCAGUACCACUAGCACUAGCCAUUAGCCACAUGCUAAUGACAAUGUAUAUGGGAUGUAGGAACUGGAGGGUUCAGUUGGUGGAGCAUGGUGCCUGUAAUGCCAGGAUUGUGGAUUUGAUUCACAGGGCCACCCACACGUAAAAUGUAUACAAGCAUGAAUGUAAGUCACUUUGGAUAAGAGCGUCUGCUAAAUGGCAUAUAUUUGUAUUAUAUUACUAUGAUUAAACUGGACACUGUGGUGGGGGUGGGCUUGGGAGAAGAGGUGAACAACUGAAGUGAACCACUAUGGCUUCUUGGUGUUGGAUAGAGGUGAAGUCCUGACAAGAUACAAUGCUGAAGGGGCAAUGAACUGUUCUUCACAUUGUCAGCACGGAUGAAUAAACUGGUAGCUAAACAAGAGCUCCAUAUAUACUGCAAUGAGGGACAGACAGAGUUAGUGGUACCUCUGGUAGUAUUACAUUGACUAUAGGACAAGUACACAGUACUAAACACGUAGUCCUUGCUUUUGUUCGCUUACUUACCAACGCUACUGAGGAGCAGGAAG